UUUGAUUGCCCUUCGCCAUUAUGUGGAGGUCCAUUUCGAAUGCUGUCUCAAGCUUUGGACAGAAGAAGGAUUCUGUUACACCGAGUCAAGUUUGCCAUGAAAUCUCAGAUGAUGAUGAGACAUGCUCUAAUGACAGCUCGGGUGAAGGACUGGAAUGCCCAAUAUGCUGGGAAUCUUUUAAUAUCGUUGAGAAUGUGCCUUAUGUCUUAUGGUGUGGACACACAAUAUGCAAAAAUUGCAUGUUGGGACUUAAGUGGACUGUUUUGAAGUUCUCUAUGCAUCAGAUCCAGAUUCCGUCGUUCAUUUCAUGCCCUUGGUGCAAUUUGUUGACACUUCGACUAGUCUACAAGGGGCAUGUAAAAUUCCCUAGCAAGAACUUCUUCCUUCUUUGGAUGGUGGAGAGCAGAAAUGGUGAUAGGGCCAAGUCUCCUUCCUCUACAUGCAGGGAUCACCAACAGUUGUUGUCCCCAAGGGGGGGUGUUUCAGUUAUUGGGAAUACCACCACGAUCAACCGCAGGCCGCAUCGCCUUGGACAUUUAAGGUCAAACAGUGGUGCUCAUAGCCAUAUCAGUAAUACCAAUACUAACCAGAGGCCACAAUUUUCUCUGCACAAAUCUCUGGAUUUCUUCAUUCACUUGACGUCCAAGUUUCCUUUGGUUGUUUUACUUCUUCUGGUUAUAUUUGCAAUAAUACCCUCCAGUGUUGCUAUCAUAGUGGUAUACUUGGUGCUCACAAUCCUCUUCGCUCUUCCAUCCUUCCUAGUGCUCUACUUUUCAUAUCCUGCUUUGGAUUGGCUGGCAAGAGAGAUAGCCAGUUGAAGAUUUGCUUGCAAUUAGUUUGAGGAUAUCUUCUCCCAUCUCUUGCUUGCAUUGGAAACUUUAGGGUGUAAUCGAGGAUUUCUUUGUAAUAGCUUUAUUUCUCAAUUUAUAGUGCUGUCCAGCUUUAAUAUGAUCUUAGUUUUAUAUCAAAA